UUACAACAAGCACAUUCCCAAGGCAGUUCUUCGCUUAGGCUUUUAGACCAGCACUCGACAUAAUAUUUGUUUUCCCCAGCAUACACACCCUCGAUUUCUGGCACAAUGGCCUCUUCGAGGUCGCCGUCGCCGAGUCUGCGUCGGUCUCGCAGCGUGUCGCCCACCACUGCCACGACGCGCCUCAUUCAACAAAGCAAACAGAGCCUGUUUGCUGCCUUUUCCGACAGCGAUUCUGAAGAGGACAGUGAUAUCCUUCGUCCACGCGGGAAAAUGGCCGCAAGGAUGCAAGCACGCGACAGCGAAACCCCAGAGUCCGAGUCCGAAGUUGACGACGACGUGAAAACGACGCGGGCCACUCCGCCCAGGGAGAGCACCGAAGACAUCCAUUCCGCGGCUGGCCAGGAGAAUAUGGAUGACGACAACGAUGAGGACGUGGUCGCAACGCGUCCCAGGAAGCUGCACUCUCGCCGCGAGCGGAGCUUCACCCCCAAAACAAGGCCACAGAAAGAAGCUGCCUCUGCCCAAGGCCUCUUCGCCUCCCCACAAAAAGACGCCCCCGAGUCUCCGGGACUUUUUGUGUCGCCGUCCAAGCCUCAAUCUCCUUCAGCAGAGCAAAGUGACGACGACCUUCCCAGCCCAACCGCCUUGACCAAGAACCCCAGCUUCAGGGCGCUCGUCGCCAAGAAGCGUCAAGAACGGCUCGCGAAAGAGGCCGCCGAGGGACGCAAGAAGGCUGAGCGCCGGAAACAAGCUUGCUUCAACGAAGGUGAUGUGAUGGUUGACGACGAUGAAGAUGACAACAUCACGGACGACGAGGGCGGCCGGAAGCUGACCCAAGAAGCGGGGGCCGCCCGUCCUCCGCGGAAAGCCAGCAAGAAGGCUCUCGAGGAGAUGAAUCGCGAGACCCAACGCCUGACCCGGAGUCUGCAGCUCGGCUAUGAAGCCAAGGUGAGGAAGAAGAUCACCAAGGCGACCUUGUUUGAGCGCUUUAAUUUCAAACCUGAGAAUGCCCCUGCGCCCGCUGCGAAGGCUGCACCGGCACCAGCACCAAGCUCAAGCCGCGCCCCAACUCCCGGGUCACCUCCUCAUAGUGAUGCCGAGAUGAAGGACGCCGAGACGCCGCCUAGUUCGCCGCCGGCAUAUAGCACGGAGAAGAAGUCGGAGGACGUCGCUCCGCAAGCAGCCGAGACGACAAUGCUUGACGACGACGACGACUUCCCUACACUGGAAGAGAUCGUCCAAGCAGGCAAGAAACUUGACAAGGGCAAAUGCAAAGCCACCGUAGCAGACCUGGAGGAACGCCCUACAGCCUCGCCCCCCCGGAAGCGUAACUUCCGCCUUAAACUCCCUCCCCUGCAAGUCAACCCCGCCACGACUCUCUCUCUCGAUGACGACGACGACGACGACGACCUGCAGAUCGUCCCCACCCGCAAAUCCAAGCUCGACGCCCUCUUCGACCGCAUCCCGCUGAACCAAGCCAAAGAAUCCCGCCCGCUGCAGGUUCUGCGCCGGCUAGCCCACCUCGACGACCCGGACAAGAAGGCCGCCCCGCCCAGCAACCACAAGUUGAUGGCAAAGCAGCAGCACAACCAAAACACCACCGCGGCGACGGUCAUGACGGCCGCCCAGCUGCAGGCGAGCCUCCUGCAGCGCGCCCGUCAGCAGGUCAAGCUCGAGCGCGAUCGCCAGCUUGAGAUGUUGAGGGCUAAGGGUAUUCACGUGCAGACGGCCGAGGAGAGGGAACGGGAGCUGCAGGACGUGGAUGAUAUUGUUGCCAAGGCGAGGCAGGAGGCUGAGGAGAUUAUGGAGCGGGAAAGGGAGGCGGCUAAGGCGGAGAGGAAGAGGCGGCGGCUGGAAGGUGGGGGGGACGAGGAGGAUGCGGUCGGGUGGGACGAUGAUAGUGAGGAUGAUGAGGAGUAUGUGGAGGAAGAGGAGGGGGAGAAGGAGUUGGAACUUUCUGGUUCUGAGGAAGAGGAGGAGGUUGGCGAGGAUGGUGAGGGUGACGGUGCGACUGAGGGGCUGAUUGAUGAUGCUGCUGAGAGCGCGGAGGAGUCCGAGACUGAAGAUGCUGAGGAGCAACCUGAAAAGGAGGACUCGGAUGAGGAGCUCCCCAGCUCAAAGCACGUUCGCCGGAGGCCAAAGAAAAAAGUCACUAUCGUCUCUGACGACGAGGAUGAGGCAGAACCACUCGUCAAGGCUACACCCCGGCCGAAGGCUCAUUUCCCCAAGUCGCCGUCAGUCCGCAAUGCUGAGUCCCCCGCCGUGCCAACGUCGGUUCUGCGGUCGGCCACAAAGCCUUUCAUCCCGGGCCUUCCCGUCGCUGGUCCUGCUGGACUCGGUCUGACCCAGAUCUUUGCGGGCACCAUGGACGACAGCCAGACGGGGUUAACUCAAGCAUCACCCUCCCAACCGCGACCCACCUUCGACGUGACCACCUUUCCGGACUCCAACUUCUCCCAGACCGCGCAGGAAGCCCCGGAGGACAUGAUCCUCGACAGCCAGAGGCCGCAGGGGACGCAGCAAGGCGAAACGCAGGGCGUGCAGAUCCGCUUCUCGCAGUCCCAGAUGCAAGGCUUCGACACCUUGCUGCAGGAGCCUGAAAACCUCACCCAGGCCUCGGAGCUCAUCGAACCCACCCAGGACGCCGGUUUUCACAAUUUCUCGCCGCUGCGCCAACGCUUUGUCGAGCCCCCUGUUUCGACUGCCGACACGGUCCCCGUCGGCCAGAUCCAGGCAGAAGAGCAGAGCGAAUCGCCUCUGGUGAAGAGAACCGGGAAACUCAGGCGCAAAGCCGAGGUAGUACCUGCGUCACCGACUCGCCGCAGGGUUUCAGAAGAUGGCGACGAGACGAAGGAGGACCAUGAGACUGAUGAGUUCGAUGUCGGCACCGUGUCCAACAACGUCUUCGCCGCCAUGAAGGAGGCCGCGCUCAAGGAGAAGAAGCGCAAGGAGGCGUUUGACAAGAAAAAGAGCAAGGCGCGGGAUAUGGUCGAGGAGCAGGCCGAGGAGUCCGAGGACGAGUAUGCCGGGCUUGGCGGUGCUGAUGGUGAAGAUAGCGACGAUGAGGAUGAUCAAUCGGUUAAGGGGAUGAUUGAUGACGAGACGAGGGAGAAUGAGGAAGAUGAGAGGAGACUGGCUGCUUUCUAUGCCGAUCGUGAACGCGCCGCGGACGAGCAGCGGGUCGAGAAGCUCUUCCACGAUAUCACCACCGGUGCGCUUCGGCGCAAGCGGCAGGGCAACUGGGACGACCUGUCCGAUUCGGAUGACGGCGGAGAAGCCCGCCGCCGCAUGAAGCGCCGCCAGUUCGCCAAGAUGCAGCGCGCGCUAUUUGCCGACGAGCGUAUCAGCAAAGUCGCCGAGAACCCGCGCAGCCAGGCUUUCCUGCGGACCAUCGAGGACCGCGGCAGCGACGAGGAGAUGGACUUUAUCUUCGCGCCGCCACCGCCGCCUGCAGGUUCUGAAAGCCAGGAGUCCCAGGCUUCAGCCGCUGGACAACCUCCAGCAGUUAUCCCCAACAGCCAACCACAGACUCGGCCAGCAGCCAACCCGCGCCGUAACAAAGAUGGCAAGAAACCUGCUCAUAUCGGCGAAAUCCGCGAGUCCCUCUCCAACCUACUCGACGAGCCCUUUCACACCUCCUCCUCUCUCAUCCCCGCCACCGAACUCGGCUCCUCCGACGACGACGAGGAAGACCCAGCCCCCCGUCCCGGGUCCUCCCACAGCAGCAGCAGCAGGAGCAGCAACAAAGAAAACCGCAACCCGCGCCGCAGCACCAGCAUCAGCACCAGCAGCAAACCAAUCAUCGACCGCAUCACCCUGAAGCGCAACUCUUCCAGCGCCUCCUCCAACAGCAACAUCAACAACAAACUCGCCUUCACCUCAGUCACUUCCGCCACCGCCUCAUCGUCGUCGUCAGCAUUCAAAGUCCCCGCCCUCCUCCGCCGCGCAACGACAAACUCGCUGCUCUCCACCUCGCCAUCAUCCACCUCCACUUCCGCCUCUACAUCAUCAUCAUCAUCAACAGGUGCAACAAUCAAACUAGGCGGUGGCAGUGGUGGCAGUGACAACAUGAAGAUCAAGAAACCCGCCGGCAAGCGCUCGGGCGUGAGCUACCUCGCACGGGAAACGGAGCGGCGCGCGGCGGUGGCCGAGGCCGAGAGGCGCAGGGAGGCCAAGAAGUUGCGCGGGGUUGAGGGAAGGGUUAAGGCUGUGGGGGGGUUGUUUGCUGGUGGCAGGUUCGAGUGAAUCUUUCUCUUCUUUGAAUUACUUUUUUCUUUGUAUCCCAUUGAAUCCCUUCCCAGGGGUUAGGUUGGAAUUUAAUGGAAGUAGAGUGGGACAGCGAGGGUCGGGCGAUUAACCAGAAGGGUUCUUCUGGGUUAGGAUGUCCAAGAAAUCUUUUCGGUUAGUUGUCUGGCUUGGGAAACAGUUGGACCGUAGAUAGUGGCGUGUUGAGUACGGUAGAUUGUCAGGGCGGGCCGGCCGGCCGGUUGGGAGUGUGUUUGGGCAACGGUCUUGUAUGGGUUUUUGGGUCGGAUGUAAGGUAUUGUAGUACGGGCCUAUUUUAUGCAUGGCAUGGCAUGACUGUGCAGUAGCUUUGCGAGGAUGACAUAUGGUGAAAGCUCCCAGAUCUGCUUUCGCCUUUCUAUAUGUUUGGCAGCAGAUCGAGAGAAGCCAGAACGCAUGUAAUCG